AUGGAUAAGAGCUACCCAUCCUGCGGCUCGCACGGAGAAAAAUUGCCGAUGCAGGCUGUUAUCUUCACGGAAAAGGAGAAGCACCAGCUCCGAUUUGAGCACUACGAGAAGAAGCGGAAGGAGCGCUUCGCGCAGGUCUUGGCGGAGCGAGCCAAGGUCAUUGCAGAGAACUCCAAGAAGGGAGACAUCCCAGGAGUUCAGAGUGCUCAGUUCUUGUCGAUGCUGGAGUCGCUCUUUGAAAAAGAAGCCCGCCGGAUGGAGAUCGACAUGAAGGGUCAGCUUCGACAGCACAGCUCCCUCGUAAAGGAUAACGAGGACCAGCUGAAGAAGGAAGGUCAGCUGCAGGAGAAGCUCGUUGAGCUGGACCGAAAGAGGGAAACAGCAGCCAAGCAGUUCGAAGAGAAGGGGAAGAUCACGAAGGAGAACCUGGACAAGCGCCAAGCGAUGAACAAGGAGCUUGUUGUAAAGCUGGACGAGGAGCACAAGAAGAAGCAGGCCAGCUAUGCUGACGAGAUGGUUGCGGAGAAAGAACGACUGGAGAGGUUCAUGGAGGAGCGCAAGCUUGCCACACUGGAGCGCAGCAACGUCUUCCGCGAGCGAGUGGCGCAGAUGAAGGAGAAGACCGAGAUUCUCCAAGAGGAGAGGCGCCGGGAAGGCGAGAAGCAGCUCGAGAGAAUUCAGGAGCGCAUCGACGUCGUGGCUCGCCGGAGGGAGGAUGAGCAGAAGAAUCGGCAAGUUCGCUCCGAGGAGCAGCAUUUGCACCUCAUGGAUGUCCGCGAAGCGAAGAGUCGCAUCGACAGGGUCGACGGCUACAGGCGUGAUGAGCUUCGUGAGCAGAUCGACAGCAACAUCGAGCGAAUCGAGACACUUCUGGCUCUCAAGGAUCAGUUGCUGGAUCAGCGCAAGGGCCGCAACACGAAAGUGGAGAGCACGAAAGGAUCUCGUGGUCUCAGCUUAAAGCGCGACGUCCAGCCUGGACCUGGUACCUACGAGGCUCCUCCCACCUGCUUGCACGAGCUUCCCGCCGCGCGGAUCGGCAAGUCCAAGGUUCCUGGCUUGGUUGAUGACGCGAUCCGGGGUACCAAGCACAACCCGGCUCCUGGGAGCUAUGACACGAUCCUGCUGCCGAACGGCGAUAGGCUCAAUCAGCCCAGCGGAGGAGAGUUCAACAAGCGAAACCGCGACUCCUUCCUGGACGAGGUGAGGCGGAUCAAGGCCGACGUGCCGGCCCCUGGGUCCUAUCAAGCCAAGAGUGAGCUGGACAACCGUGCCGUCAGGAUGUCGCGUGAGCGCAUCGUGGGCGAGAACUUGGACAAGCACUCCGCGAAGAGGUUCCCGAUAUGGGCACGGCCCUCCACUGACACUCCCGGCCCCGCGGGCUACAGCGUGGACGACUACACGCGCAAGGAGGCCCCUGAGCCAGCUCUGGCUGCAUUCUGCAAGGCAUAA